AUGGCGCCUAGCAAUUGGCGAGAGGGGAGGCGAGUGGACGCACCCUCAGAGACGGCCGGGGGCAGCACAUCUUCCCCACUCCGGAGGCAGGACAGAGAUUCCUUCUGCCAUCAGAUGUCUUUCUGCUUGACUGAACUGCACCUGUGGUCUUUGAAGAAUACCUUACACAUUGGGGAUAGAGACAUCGGGAUCUACCAGUAUUAUGACAAGAAAGAGCCACCAGCAACAGAGCAUGGUAACUUAGAAGAAAAGCAGAAGCUGGCAGAAUCACGAGAUUUUCCAUGGACGCUCAAAAACAGACGCCCAGAAAAACUUCGAGACUCACUCAAGGAGUUGGAGGAGCUGAUGCAAAAUAGUCAGUGUGUGCUGAGCAAAUGGAAGAACAAAUAUGUCUGUCAGCUUCUCUUUGGUUCAGGUGUGCUGGUGUCCUUAAGCCUUUCCGGGCCGCAGCUGGAGAAAGUGGUGAUUGACAGAAGCCUGGUGGGGAAGCUCAUCUCAGACACCAUCAGUGAUGCUCUUCUCACAGACAGCUUUAUCAUCUUAUCAUUUUUGGCACAAAACAAACUAUGUUUUAUUCAGUUUACCAAGAAGAUGGGUUCUCCUGAUAUAAACAAAAGACUGGAAAAACUCUCAGCCUUGGAUUAUAAGAUUUCCUAUUAUGAAAUCCCUGGCCCAGUAAACAGGACAACACAGCGUCGUCUAGCUAUCAAUUGUGUUCAAGAUAUAGUUGUUUGCUGGUGGCCACUGGUCAGUGAUGAUGCUUGGCCUUGGGCCCCCAUUUCUUCUGAGAAAGACAGAGCCAAUCUGCUGCUCCUGGGUUAUGCUCAAGGAAGACUGGAGGUUCUGAGUUCUGUACGCACGGAAUGGGAUCCACUGGAUGUUCGCUUUGGCACCAAACAGCCUUAUCAGGUGUUGACAGUGGAGUGCUCCAUCAGUGUAGACAAAGAGCCCAUGGCUGACAGUUGCAUCUAUGAAUGUGUUCGGCACAAAAUCCAGUGUGUAUCAGUCACCAGAAUACCACUAAGAUCGAAGGCCAUUAGCUGUUGCAGGAAUGUUACUGAAGACAAACUGAUUCUGGGCUGUGAAGAUUCUUCAGUAAUCCUUUAUGAAACUCACCGUAGAGUGACUGUCUUAGCUCAGGCUGAAGUUCUGCCUUCAUUAAUAAGCUGCCACCCAAGUGGUGCCAUUCUGCUAGUUGGCAGUAACCAAGGGGAGCUGCAAAUUUUUGAUAUGGCUCUUUCUCCUAUUAACAUCCAGCUUUUGGCUGAAGACCGCUCACCUAGGGAGACUCUACAAUUCAAAAAAUUCUUUGAUGUUUCUAGCAGUCUUGUUCAAAUGCAGUGGAUAGCUCCGCAGGUUGUUUCUAAGAAGCCUGAAAGUGGGGACAUCUAUGAUCUCCUCUUCCUCAAGUUUGACAGAGGACCUUUGGGUGUACUUCUUUUUAAACUUGGUAUCUUCACACAAGGACAGCUGGGCCUGGUAGACAUCAUCUUCCAGUACAUUCACUGUGAUGAGAUCUAUGAGGCAAUAAACAUCCUGAAUAGUAUGAACUGGGACACUCUGGGCUACCAGUGCUUUAUCAGCAUGACUGCCAUCGUAAACCAUCUUCUUAGACAAAAGCUCACUCCAGAGAGAGAAGCACAGCUUGAGGCAAGCCUUGGAACCUUCUAUGCUCCAACAAGACCACUCCUGGAUACAACUAUAUUGGAAUACAGAGACCAAAUCAGCAAAUAUGCAAGGAGAUUCUUCCACCACUUACUCAGGUACCAGAGAUUUGAAAAGGCAUUUCUGUUAGCUGUUGACAUUGGUGCUCGUGACCUGUUUAUGGACAUCCAUUACCUUGCACUAGAAAAGGGCGAAUUGGCACUAGCUGAAGUGGCAAGAAAGAGAGCUAGUGACAUUGAUGCAGAAUCAAUAACCUCUGGAGUUGCCAAAAGGAGCAAUUGUCGGCUUCUCUCUAACAUCACCACCAGAGAUCCCAGUCUUCCAGUUGGUACUGAAGGACUCAAAACCAUACUACCAGGGUAGCUCUAAAGCUGAAUACCAAAGCUGACAGUUGUUUACCAGAAAGAUGAUUUUGUUCUCCCUCCCCCACCCUGAAAAAGU